UCUUGUUUACCUUCAAUUGCCUGAAGCCAUACUAUGGAAACCAGCCCCUCCCUCUUUUAUGUUGUGCAUGCAAUGGCCACUGUGGUAGCAGAAAAUCCGUCGUAUGUAGGAGGACCAAGGGAAGAUAGAGGCAGUAAGCAAAUGAGCAGACUUCCAGACCUCAAACCUAUCCAAGAAGAGGAGGAAAUUGGACAACCGGCUAGUGUCACCAAUGUCACUUAUGAGCAAUCUGAGGAGCUGCAGUUGCCACCAAUUAUCCCAGACGAAAAGAAAGAAGGAAUAUCUACAGAGAACCUGUUGGAAGCUCUUGGUCUGAGUGGCUCUAAUUCUCUUGGAAUUUUGUUGAAGAAUGUCCGCGUUGAAGUUAGGGCUGCCUUGGAGGAACUGACUGUCAUCACCACCCAUGACGACAACCUUGAGAAGCAGUACAAAGAAACUGCUGUAGAAAAUGAGCACCUGCAAGCUUCUCUUGAUAGAGCAAGAAGGGAAGUCAGGCACUUGAAAGGACAGCUCUCCAUUCUCCAAAUGACACCAUCAGAGAUUCGCGGAGAACGAGCCAGAACUCAACAGAGGGAGAGAAAAAGACAGGAGCUGGAGAAGCAAGCACAAAGAGCUGCAAGGAGUCAGUUAAUGGAGAGAGGGGUCACAGUGCAGGUACUAACAGCAUCUGAACGAGCAAGAACAGUUAAUGCUAAGGGAAAAUACGUUGACAACCAGCGAGUCAAGAAUAAAUCACGGCAUUUACGGAGGUCAACCUAUCCAGCACAAAGUGUAAAGGUCAAACAGGCUCCACCCUUUACGUUGCCAGCAAAGUCCAAGGUUGAGCCCCUCCCACCACCAUUGUUCGGUUGCUCUUGCUCAGAAUGUAAUGCCCAGCAGAGCCUUGGGGCACUGACUCUAAACAGGGAACUAUGUCAGCAUCAAACCGCCAGUCAAGUCACAAAAAGUGGGCAGCAGAUUUUGUUGUGCGACAGAGUGGUACUAAAGGGAGAGAGGCUGGGAACAGUGUGCUACAUUGGCAGGUUGGAUUUUGACGCUGCUGACCACAUUUUCAUUGGCAUACACCUAGACUUGCCUGUGGGCAACAUAGAUGGGUAUCUAAAAGGAAGACGCUACUUCCAGUGUCCUCCCAGCCAUGGCGUGAUGGUAAAAGCUGCUGACAUCAUCUGUGUAACUGGUCGUAAGCCCAUGAGUGGAGGUACUGCAGUACCUAGAGUGAGAGAGAAGCUACCUACAGGAUUUGAGAUCAGUCGAUCAGCUAGUAAAGCGAGCAAGGUAUCGAGCCCACAUGCAGUUAAUCAAGAGGGGAAUAGUUUAAGUGCCAUGUCAGCAAGUCCUCCCUCAACACAGAGCCAGCUGACUAUGGAGGGAGGGGAAAGCGUAGAGAGUAUGAGCAAAAAGAUCCAACAACUGGCCCAUAAGUCCUCAAAGAAAGCUAAGGAACUACAACGGCUACAAGAAGAGCUGAAGCUACGCACACCCCCCACCCCACCCCCCACAAAGGUUAUGUUAGACGAGAGUGUGCACCUUUCCUUGUCGGACCCUCCUCCACGGCCUGUUACGCCUCAACCGGUCACGCCCACCUCUCGUGCCCAUACAGCUGAGCAGUUGCGAGCCAGCACCCCCCUGGAACAGACACUGCUGGAGCUGCUGUGUGAGAAGGAUUUGGGAUCCACUGGGUUUGUAACAACCAGGGAGCUUACAGCGUCUCUUAGACAGCUGUCUGGGAUGACAUCUGCAGAAGUGGAUGAGCUCUUGACUGGAAUGGGUGUGACUAGUGAGCAAGGUGUAGGCAUCCCUUACCACACACUAGUACCACACCUAGUCAAGGCAAUUGAGAACAUGGACUUGGAUGAUUAACAUUAUCGAUGACGGACAUGCAUGACAUUGAAACACACAUUAACGUUCAUAUUUGUUGUUUUCGCAUAGCUUUGGCUAGAGUCUACAUCAGAUUUAACCUAGCAUAAUUAUAUGUAUAAUAAUGUUGUAUACUUAUGGAUUAAUUUUAUGAUCGUG